AUGGCAUCAAUAUCAUUCCGUGGCAAAAAUCAGGGGCUCCAGGUCAGAGAUAACCAUGGCUCAAUCGAGUUCCAUCUGCCUCCAGGUAAGUUAGAGGAGCGGGACAAGCUCGCGGUCAUGACUAAUCGCCGCAUCCUAGUGCGACCAGAAACUCCACCCAGCCCUCUAUCGACUGUCCCGUUCGCGCAUGAUCCAGACUUUGUCAGUCGCGACACACUACUUCAACAGAUACACAAGAAAAGUUCAGUAGCAGGGUCAAGAAUAGUACUGGUCGGUCUCGGAGGUGUCGGGAAAUCGCAACUCGCCAUUGAAUACUCCUAUCACAUCCGAUCCCAAUCGCCGGCGACAUGGGUAUUUUGGGUCCAUACUAGUAAUAAAGCCCGGUUCGAGCAAAGUUUUCGGGACAUCGCGGAACAAAUCAAAAUCCCGGACCUCCUUGAUAACGUUGAUAACGAUCAACUUCUCUGCUCGUUUUCGGUAACAAGCAAGGAAGAUCCGAUAAGCAGCCGAACAAACGGCUCGACAAAACCACUGCUAGAAUAUAUUCCUAGGUGCCUAAAUGGUUCUAUCGUUAUCACGAGCCGCACCAGAAAUGUUGCAUUGAAGAUAGCCGAUCAUAAGGAUCUUAUUGAGGUUAAACCAAUGGAGGAAUCUGAAGCGCUAAAGCUUCUCCAAAGAAAGCUUAAUCAACCAAGUGAAAGCGAAGAGGGUCGACAAUUAGUGAACGCGUUAGAGCUUAUACCACUAGCGGUCGUACAGGCCGCUAGUUGUAUUCGAAAACAAACGCCUCGCUAUUCAGUAUCACAAUACCUAAAAGACUUCCAAGGGAGUGAUCGUGAAGCAACAAAGCUUCUAAAAAAAGAAGCAGGUCACCUCUGCCGGGACUGGGAAGCAAAGAAUUCAAUUUUGCCAUCAGCAACAGAGUUACUUUCUCUCAUAAGCUUAUUUGAUCGGCAAGGGAUACCAGAGAACCUUAUCCGGCAUCAACCUAAGGCCAACAACUCAUCGAUUUCAGAGCCUCUGAAUGACCUUAGUGAUGAGGAGGAGUCUGCAUCGAUCAUAGGUCCCGAUUUUGAAGAUGAUAUCUCAGCACUAAGGGAUUUUUCAUUUAUAUCUGUCAGUGAGGACAACACUUUCUUUACCAUACACCGGCUAGUGCAAUUGACUAUGCAUGCGUGGUUAAAAUCUCGUGGACAAAUCGAUGAAUGGAGAGAGAUGUUUAUCAGCAAUCUAUGCAGGGAGUUUCCCAUAGCUGCAUACUAUGCGUCGCAAAGAGGCAAUAUCGCGGAUACAAGAGAAAUGGCAGCAAGAUCAAGAGAGCAAAGGAUGAUUUUACUAGUGCAGGUGAUAAAGACUCAUAAGACAAAGCUCGGCGAGGAACAUCCCUCCACGCUGGUAAGUUUGGCCAACCUAACGUCGACUUACAGGAACCAGGGGCGUUGGGAGGAGGCUGAGCAGAUCGAUAUGCAUAUGAUAAUGACAAGCAAGGCGAAACUCAGCGAGGACAAUCCCAUCACGCUCACCAGUAUAUCCAACUUGGCGUCGACUUACAGGAACCAGAGGCGGUGGAAGGAGGCCGAGCAGCUCGAAGUGCAGGUGAUGAAGACAAGCAAGACGAAGCUCGACGAGGACCAUCCCUCCACGCUGACCAAUAUGACCAACCUGGCAUCGGUAUAUAAGGACCAAGGGCGGUGGAAGGAGGCCGAGCAGCUCGAUGUACAGGUGAUGAAGACAAGCAGAAUGAAGCUCGGCGAGGACCAUCCCUCCACGCUCACCAAUAUGUCCAACUUGGCAUCGACUCACGGGUACCACGGUCAGUGGAAGGAGGCGGAGCAGCUCUUUUUGCAUGUGAUAAAGAUUCGCAAGACUAAAUUCGGCGAGGACCAUUUUAAAACGCUUUCCAGUAUGGCGGGUCUGGCGGCAACGUACAGCAACCAGGGCCAAUGGGAGGAGGCCGAGCAGCUCUUUUUGCAUGUGAUAAAGACUUGCAAGACUAAGCUCGGUGAGGACCAUUUUGAAACGCUUUCCUAUAUGGCCAAUCUGGCAUCUAUGCUUUGGAACCAACACCGGUCGGAGGAGGCCGAACAGCUCCUUUUGCAUGUAAUAAAGACUCGCAAGAUAAAGCUCAGGGAGGACCAUCCCGACACGCUCACCAGUAUGUCCAACCUGGCAUCGACGUAUAGUGACCGGGGCCGGUAG